AUGGGCCGUUCCGGAGCUCUGUCGGUGCUUAAGCAGCUAAGAUUAUGGACGCUGGUGGUGUUGGCGCUUUUUUAUCGUGACAGUCAGAACCACUGCUGUCUGGCAUACUCCAUCAGCCCUCGAGGGGGCAUCAAAGCACAAACUAGCCGGCCACGUACUCUACCGGGGACAAGAGUUAGCCCGUGGCACGCGGCGACACCGGGCGUUAGAGGAAGGAAGGGCUGCGACGGCGCAGCUAGAAAGGAAAGCGGUCACGUCGGUGGGCUUCGAUCCACGGCGGCGGCAUCGGCGCCAGGCGGUGGCGGGGGAGGGCAGGCCGGGCUGGAUGAACGGCAGGGAGAUGAGGAGAAGACGGGCGUGCGAGACCAAGAGGCGGCGUUUGAGUGGACAAGGCAGUGGUACCCGGUGGUGGUGAUGAGAGACCUGGAGGCUCGCGACCCGCGGCAACCAUACCCCGUCAAGCUGCUGGGAGAGUCGCUGGUGGUUUGGAAGGACCCCAAGGAUGAUGGCUGGAAGGCGUUCACCGAUAAGGACGGAAAGUGCGGGAGUAUUCCUCAGGCAACCCCGGACGCCCGCGACACCGCCCAGAACUCGAACAGGGCCUGCGCUACGGUAUUGCCGACGAAGGUCGUGCAGGGCAAGCUGUGGGUGUGGCCGGACUCGAGCCCCGAGGGGGUCAAGGCCAGCGAGACCGUGGCCCCGGUGGUCGUGCCCAACUUGGAUCUGGAUAACGGGGACUGGGGCAGCAACUGGUACGCGAGGGACCUGGCGUACGGUUUCGACACUCUGGUGGAAAACCUCGUCGACCCGGCACAUAUCCCCUUCGCCCACCACGGCGUCAUCGGGCAGCGGGCUCAGGGCAGUCCGAUGGCCAUCCAGAUGGAGGAGCUGGCACCAGGCAAGGAAGGGUUCUUGACGAAACCCACGGGCUACAGUGGGCGCGACAUGAUGCGGGUGAGCUUCAGGCCGCCGGGCCUGGUCUACUACGAGAACGACUACACCGAAGUACUGCCCUUCAUCGCGAAGAGUCUGCCCCCGCCCCUCCGGGCUGCGUUCUGGGCGAUGAAGAAGUUCAACCUGGACAAGCGCGUGGCGAUGGAGGGGACGGACAGGGACCCAAGCGACCGGUGCCUCUUUUACUUCAUCGGCUACGCGGUGCCCACCUCUCCUGGCCGGUGCAGAAUAUUCACAAGGUCCCCCCGCAACUUCUUCCUGCAGCAUCCCGUUAUCCCGCGGCGUUGGCGUAACAGUCUCGCCAAGGAGCACCUCGCUCAACACAAGGUGCUGGACGGGGACAGCACCGCCCUUCACGUGCAGGAACGAUUUCUUAUCAACGCCGGCCAACAAGGGGUCAAGCAGCCGGAGAGAACCUUCUACAUGCCGACGCAGGCGGACGUGACGAUCAGGGCCUUCCGGAAGUGGUACAACUCCCGCGGAGGUGGAGGUCCUCCGUGGGCCCAGGGGGUUGACCCUUCCGACCUGGGUCCGGUUCUCCCCCGCGAGGAGAUCUUGGACAGGAUGGUCGCGCACACCAAGGACUGCUCCGCCUGUGGCAAGGCUUACCGAGUGUCGGGCAGGGUGAAGAAGGCGGCCGUCGGAGGGGCAUUGCUGUUCCUGACGGGGGCGGCGGUGGCUCCGCGGGGGGUGCUGGCUCUCAAGCUUGCCGCCGGGGCCCUCGCGAAUGCGGGCGUCGGUGGUGUACAACCGCAGCUCCUCCUUUACCGCUGA